UUGCGGGGAAAGCCUGAUCAUAAUAUUCACGUGUCUCUUAUCGCACGCUCAAACUACCGCGCCUUGGAGGAGUCGGGGGUCACGCUCCAGACUCACACGUUUGGGGAUUACACUUUUCGUCCUGCGGCUGUUUACCCUUCACCGGAUGCUGCGUCCAAGGGAGCAGUGAAGCAGUGGGACUACAUCAUCGUCACGACGAAGGCCCUCCCAGAUGUGUCAGACGACUCGGCGCUUAUUGCCCCGUUGGUGUCGGAGGGGUCGUGUAUAGUCCUCAUCCAAAACGGGGUCGGGGUGGAGGAGCCGUAUCGACUGCGCUUUCCUGCCAACCCGAUUGUGUCUGGGGUGACUGUCAUCUCGGCGGAGCAGAUCUUCCCUGGGGUGAUCCGGCAGAACCGCUGGACACGCCUUCACCUUGGGCCGUACUCUGAUAGUGCAAACUCGACUAGCGACAGCGUCGAAACGGGAGACGGCACAACGGGGGCUUUGGUGCCCCCUUCCCCGACCCCAACCCCGGAUUCUGACUCUGACUCUUUGAACGAGACUCUCCUCUCUGUCGGCCUGGAUCACUGCGACAGGCUGGGCCACUAUUGGACUGCCUUUGGCUCGAUUCCUGACAUUACCGUGUCGAGUGAGAUCGACCUGCAACUCAUCCGCUGGCACAAGCUGACCAUCAACGCGGCGUUCAACCCGUCGUCUGUCUUGUCGGGCGGGUUGGGGAACGCGGAUAUGGUGCGGGAUCCGGAGCUUAGGCGGCAUUUGUACGGGGUGAUGAAGGAGAUUUGGGACGCGGCGCCGAAGAUACUUGGGAGGGGGUUUCCGGGGAAGCUGGCGGGGCCGGAGAAGAUAUUGAAGAGCACGGAGAGGAAUGUGGGGAGCAAGCCGAGCAUGUUGCUUGACUGGGAGGCGGGGAGGCGGAUGGAGCUGGAGGUUAUAUUGGGGAAUCCGGUCAGGUUGGGGAGGCGGAGGGGGGUGGAGUUGAGAAGGAUGGGGACGCUUUAUGCUUUGUUAAGGAGUAUGCAGGCGGUGAGAGAGGGGAGGAAGGCUAGGUUGUGA